UAUUAGAACGGGCAGAGCCGUGUUAAAAAACAAUUAAAAUUUAGGCAUAUUGUUGAGAUAUGCACCGUUCGAACUGACGAUUUCCGUCAGAUCUUCCGGAUGAUCUUCGGACGAGCCACGAAUGUAUAGAUUUGAACAGCCAUGGUUAUAGUCUUUCCAUACAAUGGUCCCUGAUUAGCGUCAGAAUCUGGUUUUUCAUCGAACCAUUUGGUGCGUAGUGUACUGUGGACAAGAAGGUGUUGAUCGGUUGUGAUAUAUGAACUAGACAAAAGGACGACCAGGCUUCAAUUAAAUAAAAAAUAUCUCCCAAUAACAAACGAUAACAAAAUAGGUAAAAGAAACCCAACGUUUGAAGCAAUUCUGCCCUUGUGCCGCCUUUGUUGAAGCAACUGUGAAGCCUUGUAAUUUGUUUUUAUUCCUCCACCGACCCGGAGACCAAAUUGUUUCCCCAUCGCUACCAACGCUAGCCAAGAUCUACCCGACAAUUGCAACACAUAACUAUCCAGCCAUCAUUUCAAUCCCGUAACACUCAGAAUGCCACUGUUCGGGAAAUCGCAGAAAAGCCCCCAGGAAUUAGUGAAGGCGCUCAAAGAAGCGGUGUCUUCACUCGAGCGCGGCGAUAAAAAGGCAGAGAAGGCGCAGGAAGAUGUCAGCAAGAAUCUGGUACUUAUAAAAAAUAUGCUCUACGGCACAUCCGAAGCUGAACCACACGCGGAAAUUGGAGUCUCACAACUGGCACACGAAUUGUAUAGUACCAAUCUGCUGCUCCUUUUAAUCCAGAAUCUUAACCGUAUUGAUUUCGAGGGCAAGAAAGAUGUGGCGCAGAUAUUCAACAACGUCCUGAGACGACAGAUUGGCACCCGUUCGCCGACUGUUGAGUAUAUCUGCACAAAACCUGAAAUUCUUUUCACCCUAAUGGCUGGCUACGAGCACCAGGAGAUUGCACUCAACUGCGGCACGAUGUUGCGUGAGUGCGCUCGCUACGAAGCACUUGCCAAGAUUAUGUUACACUCGAACGAAUUCUUCAACUUUUUCCGUUACGUCGAGGUUUCGACGUUUGAUAUCGCGUCCGACGCAUUUUCUACCUUUAAAGAGUUGCUCACUCGCCACAAAAUCCUAUGCGCUGAGUUUCUUGAGCAAAACUAUGACAAGGUGUUCACACAUUACGAGCAGUUGCUUAACUCAGAGAACUACGUCACACGGCGCCAGAGCCUUAAGCUACUCGGUGAAUUGCUACUCGACCGGCAUAACUUUACGGUUAUGACAAAGUAUAUUUCCAACCCCGACAACCUGAAACUAAUGAUGAACAUGCUAAAGGAAAAAUCUCGUAACAUACAGUUCGAAGCGUUUCACGUCUUCAAGGUUUUUGUGGCUAACCCGAACAAGCCGAAGCCGAUUCUCGACAUAUUGUUGCGUAACCAAGAGAAGCUGGUUGAUUUUCUAACGCGUUUCCACACCGAUCGCUCCGAAGAUGAACAAUUUAACGAUGAGAAAGCUUACCUGAUCAAACAGAUCAAGGAGCUAAGACCAGCAUCCGACUAAUAGAAGAGUUUCUGGUGCGAGCGACGCUACGAAAUUUUUCAUUGCUUUCGUCACAACCAUCUAUUAUCUUUUUCUCUUCUCAUGUUCAGUAGAAUUUUAGUUUAUGGGUUUGUUGGAUGUUUUUGCUGCCGGUGAUGGUGUUAGCAUUAGAGAAGGUAAUGAUGUUCCGCCUGUGUGUGCUAAACUCGUCGCUCCGUCCGCCUGAUAAGUUGACGUUUAUCAUUAUUAGCAAUUUAGCAUUGCAUAGAUUAUUGUAGCAAAUAUUGAUGUUAAUAUUGAUUUCUUUUGUCUUGGGUAAACAACCUCAAUUUGAACAUAGUUGUGUGAAACCUGUGAUGGGGUGUAUGAGCCACCAUAGGACAAUCAAUAUUGUCCUCGCCACGAGUAACUAAAUUUAAUUCGACCAAACCUGAGUUUCUCUGACAAGUUAAAUCAUUAGAUAAAAUUAAAAAGCUGACUCAAAUUGGAAAUAAAAUAAUAAAACAUUCACCUUUCACUGGUGAUCACAACACGAGAAGCUAGGUUGGUCUUUAAUUGCUAAUCACUUAACAAUCCUCAAAAGUUCCAUCUAUAUGGAGCCCAAAUAUGACAUUAAUUUUUAUUUUUAUUAUUUUUACAAUGAUAAUCGCCUUUUUGGUACCUCGCUAAAGGUGCCGUUUUUGAAGUGAAACUAACCGAAGGCAUAGUCCGGAAGUAUUAGUUCUUCGUCAAACACAAAAGCCCUUUUUUUCUACAAAUGUUUCCUUUCUUUUUAUUUUAUUUUUGUUAUAUUUUUAUAACAAUAUUCAGGGUGCUGCAAUAGCAAUUUAAAAACUACUCAAAUGAAGUUUACCUCCACAAAAAUCAUAGACAGACCACCUAUGUUCCAGAUUAGGGCAAACAAGAGCGAAAUUCGGAUCUAAGCUAUGAUGAAAAGACGGUCUUCCUUCAUCCUUACCCAUCUAGCGAGUUCGAAAAUAGGAGUAUUAGAAAAUGACUACAAAAAUUGUAACUUUGUUUCACGAAAAUAAUCCUAAUUUAAGAAAUUCAUCAAAAAUUGUACCUACCAUUCGCUAAUUGGGAUGAUCAACCAAUAAUUUAGGCAAUGCGGCGUACUUUACAAACUUUCCCAAGAUUAUUGUAUAUUACAUAAUUUAUUUAGUGUUUCAUGUUUCUACUUAUGUAAGUGUGUGAUUCUUCCUGGGAUUCACAAGUGCAACCUACCACAAAAAACGUCACAACGCCAGUCAGUAUUUGUUUUUCGUUUAUCAGUUCAUAGCGUACUUUGAAAUCUUGGCAAAGACAUUUUGCAGUUAACAGAAUUUGGUUUCCAAAUAUUGUUCAUCACUAGUGAUGCUGAGAUCCUUACUAUAUGCUUACACGUAGUUGAAUCUGUUUACUUUCAAAUAGUAAAACUUUGGUUUUUAUCGGUCAAUUAUUUCCUGAUAAAAAUAUCUUGGUUGAUCAAUCAAAAGAAAGGGUACAUAUCAAAUGUCUGUGCAAUAGUUCCGUGGCAAAAUUUUUUUUUUGUAUUUUAAGUAUGUUAAACAAAUGAUUUUCUAGCGCGGUGUUAGGUGUAUAAGUGCACUUCGGAAGAAUUAAAAAAUAACGAUGAUUAAUAGUGGAAGAAUUCCUAAUCUUGAAUAAUGCCGGAUAUGUAUAUCUUGUGAUAUUUGGGUACCUAUUUCUCUUAAAAUUGCAAUAAUAGAAAUACAAUAGAAUAAGUUUGCAUUAUUUACAUGUAACAAAGUAUCAUUUAAAAUUACACAUUCUUUGACAUGACUUAAAGAACACAAUAAGCAGAUAAAUGGUAAACAAAUACUAACAUCAAGGGUAGCGAGAUUACCGAAUCUCGUGACGACAUACGAAGCCCCUAGUGUGUUUCAAAUUAUUGUUUUUUUUCAAUUUCGACCACAUCACGCGAUAUAUACAAAUGAAGAAAAGAAGUUAAAAAGUUAUAAGGCCAAAUGUCUGAAUGAUCGAACGAUAGAUGUGUGCGUAGUUUGCAAUAAUACAUAAGCAUAUGCUGGCCACAAUGCUUGGUUGUAAGAAAAACGUGUGCACAACAACACCAUCAUACCUGCAACAGGUAUAGGAAUAAAAUUAACUAUUUUGAAGAACUAUUCAAGUCAAAACUAAAAAUGCCUCCAGAAGGCUGCAAUGGUUGUGGGGCAGAGGUAUCAUCGCAUAUUUUUCCUGAUUGUCGAUAGCCCCGAAAUCAAUCGCCACAACCACAUAGAAAAUGAGUUAUGUAUUUAAAAAGGUGUAGGGAAAGAAAUAAAAAUGAUCCAGCUAGCUAAAAUGUAUACGCCUCCUUCAUUCGAGUAGGCAAGGCAUGUAGGAGACGAACGCAACGCAAUAGGCAAAUAUCCUUUUGCAAAAUAAAAACAAAUCAUUUAAAGUUUGCACAUCCA